AUGGUUCCCACAGCCACAGUCGGGUCGUCAACCGUCAACCUAAUUAAAACAAUCGUCGGGGCAGGUCUCCUCGCGGUGCCGUACGCCUUCCGCGCCGACGGCGUGUGCGUGGCAGCGGUGCUUGUGGCGGUGGCGGCCAUAACCUCCGGGUUCGGGCUCGUGGUGUUGGCGAAGGCGUCCAAGGCGUUGGUGAACCCGCGGCAGUCGAGCUUCUUCGCGCUCUGCCAGAUCACGUACCCCCGGUUGGCGGUGGUGUUUGACUUUGCGAUGUUCACGCAGUGCUUCGGCGUCGGCGUGUCGUACCUCAUCAUCGUGGGGGACUUAUUCCCCGGGCUGUUGGGUGGGACGCGAGAGGCGUGGAUCGCGGCGAGCGCGGCGGUGGUGGUGCCGCUCUCGCACUUGCGGCGGUUCGACAGCUUGAAAUACAGCUCUGUGUUGGGACUCGUGGCGAUCGCGUACUUGGCGCUAAUGAUUGUGGCUGCGUGGAUCGAGGGGCUUACGACGGGGUACGCCCACUACGAGCGCGGCGAGGUGCGGUGGCUGCGCCCGGCGAGCCUGCGCGAGAUGGUGAGCACAUUCAGCAUCAUCGUGUUUGCGUUCACGGGUUCGAUGAACAUGUUCAGCAUCAUCAACGAGUUGGGCGACAACUCCAUGCGCAACAUCCAGCGCAUCGUGUACUACUCGAUCGCGGCGUCGACGGCGCUCUUUAUCCUUGUCGGGAUGGCGGGGUACCUCACUUUUGGCAGCAACGUGGCGCAGAACGUGAUUCUGAACUUCGACCCGGAUGCGGUCUCGACGCAGGUGGGCAGCCUGGCCCUCGGCUUGAUGGUGCUUCUGUCAUUCCCAUUGUUGUUCCAUCCCGGGCGGAUCGCGUUCAACAACAUGGUGCACUGGGCCCACGUCACGUACUGCGGCUACCGCCCUCUGAAGUCCGAGGAGCAGCCGGGCGACGCGGGCGCCAGCAUCUGCCUCGAGGUGGAGGAUGAGGAGGACCGCCUCAUUCUAAGCGCCGAGGGCAGCGAAUCCUACCAGUCCCUGCCCCGCGGCGCGAACUCGAACGAGGACUCCGGCUCCUCGGCGGAGGUCGACCGCCAGGCCGUCCCGUUCGACGGCCCGCGCUUUUACAUCGUUACGUGGCUGUUGCUUCUGGUGCUCUACCUCGUUGCGUUCAAGGUGCGCUCCUUCGCCUACGUCUUGGCCCUCGUGGGCGCGACCGGCUCCACCGCAAUAUCAUUCACCUUGCCCGGGUUGUUUGGCUACAGGCUCAUCGGGACCGAUUCGUUGAUGAAAGGUAACAUGUUGUCCAGGCAGGACCAUUUGUAUCGCUGUGCAAGUCUGGGCCUAGUGGGAUACGGCAUCGUGGUCACCAUUGUUUCACUUAUGGUUGUAAUCUACUUCGGGAUCUGA